UCCUGCACGCUGACAGCGAUAAAGUGGAAGGGCUCCCAGAGCAGGACGGGUGUGCCUUUCAAAGACAAAAGAAAGUGAGGCAGACUCCACCACAGGACUCUAAUUGGACACAAAGAGAGAAGAAGAGGGAAACACUCUUUAAAUUCAAUAUGAAACUACAAAACGUAUCAUCAAGAGGACAAACGGAGCAGAUAAACAUGGAUCUAAAGACUGGAAACUCCUCAAAUGGCUCCACACCAGAGAUCAACUUGCAGAAGCUACACAAGAUGGCUGCAGAGGUGAUUCUGCUGGGAAAAUUCAUCCUCAGGCUGCUGAAUGCUGCUCUGGUGUUAGUUACAAACUUACUGGCCAGGAUUUUAGGAAGUGACCUGGUCAGACGACAUUUCCACCUGAUGCUGUCUGCUUUGGUUCUGUUUGGUCCUGUGCUGAGUUUCUGGGUGUCGAAGUACAGCAUCUUCGCUAACAGCAACCACUACCUGUACAGGAAGUUCCUUAGAUCCACUUGGGGUUGGACCUGUAUAUUCACAGCUUCCUUCAUCCUCCUCCUCUCCAUCUCAGCCUGUCGCUCCCUGUCUCUCCUCCUCCGCCACCUCUCUAGGAUAGGGGUCGCGGGGUUGCUCUGGUGGGGCUGUCAGCGUCUCCUGAACCUGCUGGAUGAUGCAACAGGAACCUGUUAUGAACCUAUGACCCCUCCCCAGGACAUCCAAGAUGCUGCCUCCUCGGUGCAGCCCCUGCUCCUCCUACAUGAAGACCAAACCAAGGCCUCCUGCCUCAAAGCCCACAUGGUGUGGAGGGGUUACGAAGUGUCCCAGGACGUCCUCAUCAUCUGCUUGUGUUGCCUGCUGCUUGUGGAGGAAAUGUCUGUCUUUGGUCUUUAUCUGGCUCAAACCAAGCCUCUGCAGAGGUCGCCCGGCACCCCUCUAAGGUUCAUCUUCCUCCUGUGUGUGGCUCUGCUUGCUGUUUGGAUGUUCCUGCUGCUGUGUUUGCUCGCACACUUCCCUAAGUUCCCCUCCCAGCAGUUAGGAGGAGCUCUGGGCUACCUGGGAUGGAGGGGACUUUAUCAGGGAUGGUACAGACUAAAAACAAGCUGGGGCUGUCCUGGUUUGCCCAGAGAUGGACUUUUCACCACCACAGACAUCGACAAGUAGUGUGACACCCUCAGUCGAUGAUGUUUUGGGCAUGUUCUUGUGACCCUGAAAGCUCAAGCUGAAGUUUUGGAAAGUGAAAAUGACUUCUCUUUAGGGUUGUGGAGAGAAUCUAGGUAUAGUAUAUCACCUGUAAAAACACCUGACAACACUACAUAACUCUGGCAUCAUAUGAAUAUGAAAGUUA